AUCUAUAAAAAGAUGAGUGUUAAAGGCGCCAGCUUUGACAAUUGUAAAAGAGAUCCGAUCUAGCUAGUUAGUUACUGGUUAAUCAAUAUAGUUAUGGCAGUGCCCACCUCCAUUGUUUCCGGCUUCAAGCUUUCGGGGAUCGCGACUUCCUUCAACACCCCAGCUGAUGUCUCGAGUCCCGGAAGAAUCAUGUGUGUUCAAGUUAACCCGGCGUUGACACGGCGGCGAUUCUCGUCGAUCGGAGCUGUACCCUCAAUUCGCGGAUCUUCCUUUCCGUCUUCUAGUCCCGUCUCGUCCGCUUAUCCGCAGAGUCUCGUUUUGAGCCGUGCUCUAGAAGCUCUGCCAGGUGUUUGUGAAAAUGCCAGCGCUUCUUCCACCAAAUCAUUCAAUCAGUUGAUUGAAUCUCUGAUUGAUCGGAUUGAUCUAUCUGAAUCCGAGGCUGAAUCAUCUCUCGAGUUUCUUCUGAACGAGGCAAACGAGGCGCUCAUUAGUGCCUUCCUUGUUCUACUCAGAGCUAAAGGAGAGACAUAUGAAGAGAUUGUAGGGUUGGCUAGGGCAAUGAUGAAGCAUGCCAGGACAGUAGAAGGAUUAGUUGAUGCUGUUGACAUAGUAGGAACAGGUGGUGAUGGAGCAAACACUGUCAACAUAUCAACUGGAUCUUCAAUACUUGCUGCAGCUUGCGGUGCAAAAGUUGCCAAGCAAGGGAGUCGUUCGAGUUCCUCUGCCUGUGGAAGUGCUGAUGUAUUAGAGGCGCUAGGAGUGGUGAUGGACUUGGGACCAGAAGGGAUAAAAAGAUGUCUUGAAGAAUCAGGGAUUGGUUUCAUGAUGGCACCAAUGUACCAUCCAGCUAUGAAGAUCGUUGGUCCUGUCCGCAAAAAGCUUAAAAUAAAAACUGUUUUUAACGUACUGGGACCUAUGCUUAAUCCUGCUAGAGUCUCUUAUGCCGUCGUUGGUGUUUACCACAAAAAUCUGGUUCUUAAGAUGGCAAAGGCAUUGCAACUAUUUGGUAUGAAAAGAGCAUUGGUUGUUCAUUCAUAUGGCCUAGACGAAAUGAGUCCGUUAGGAGGAGGGCUAGUUUAUGAUGUAACACCUGAAAAGAUUGAAGAGUUCUCAUUCGACCCAUUGGACUUUGGUAUUCCUCGUUGUACACUUGAGGAUUUGCGAGGUGGAGGUCCAGACUACAAUGCUGAUGUGCUAAGACGUGUGCUUUCAGGAGAGAAAGGGUCAAUAGCAGAUUCAUUGAUCCUAAACGCAGCUGCGGCUCUUCUGGUUAGCAACAGAGUCCAAACGCUAGGGGAAGGAGUAACCUUGGCCCGUGAAGUACAAUCGUCAGGGAAAGCUAUGAAGACGCUUGAUUCAUGGAUUCACUCUUCUAACUUAGCUCAGAAAUCUCAGUGAUUGUAUAUACACAAGAACAGGUUUGUAACUAGUUUUCUUUGUCAAUCAAGAAAGAGAAGAGACCAUAGAUAGA